CGGUCCAACUUAGAAGCCCUUGUUCCCGUGCACUUUUCUAUCCUUUGAGGUAAUUUGCUGCUCAAAAUUUUUUCUAAUCGCACUGAACUAGAAGAGAGAAAAAUGGCUGACGAAGCAAACAGAGCGGCGUUUCUGGAGAUUCAAGCUCGCUUGAUUGAAACUACUGGAAAGUUGAAGCAGGUUCAGAACCAGGUGAGAAACAAAGAAGGAGAUAGGAAGCGCGCUUAUUUAACCUUGGAGGAGCUGCAACAGUUGUCUGAUGAUACCAAUACAUAUAAAUCUAUAGGGAGAACGUUUGUGUUAGAACCCAAAUCAGUUUUAAUGGAGGAACAAGAGCAAAAGCUCAAGGAUAGUGAGACAGCAAUUGCUUCCUUACAGAACUCAAAAGAGUACUUAGAGAAACAGAUUGCAGAAGUGGAGAACAACCUGAAGGAGUUAUUACAGCAAGAUCCCGGUCUUGCUCGCCAGAUAAUGUCUAUGUCUGUAAUGUAGUAAGCUUACUUUCUGUAAGUUUACGUAUCUCUUUCUUAAUAUAUACAUGUAAUACAAGAUUCCUUGUUGGUUGUUCUACACAUAUUAAGUUGUCCUGUUGACUGCCCUUCGAAUUGUUGCCCCUCAGUUUAGCAACUCGUUUUUACUUCAUGUUAAGGGGGUUAUGUUUUUACUACAUUUCUCCGAACACGGGAGUUUUCUCUAUCUUUAUCAGGUUACUUGAAGAUCGAA